CAGAUUAAACGUAAUGAUGGCCAGUGGAAGUCCUGCCGGACCGGGCUCAAUGAUGCAGCUGCUGCUCGUUCGGUUGCUGCUGAUGGGCGUACUUUUGCUGGUGAUGCUCGAUGCGGAAGCGGCAGCCGGAAGUGUCCGUACGAGACAAACGACAGCAGCCAGUGUAGCGGAAGCAGACGAUAGUAGCAGUGCCGCAUCGGACGAACUGCUCGAAGACGAAAGUUUCGAACAAGAGCCAGCCGGCGUUGAAAGCCACAGCCGGUCCGAAAGUGAAUCGACAACGGUUCACAGCUGGACGGAGGAAGAUGAGGAUGCGUUGCGUACCGUCGUCACGGGGACAACGUUGGGCUAUAGUGCGGUGGCCACCACGCCAAAGAUAGUGCGGCCCUUAAAGCAGCUAAGCCGCUAUGAACAGGGCUUGGAAGACUACGACGAGGCAGCGGAUCGUGCGGAACGCGAGCAGCUGGCAAAGGCAAAGGAGCAGAGCGUGCAGCAGCAGUACAACAAUAUGGUGAAACCGAUGCUGACAUUAUUUAAUGUGAUAAGCACAGUUUUAUCGUCCGGAAGAUCAAUGCGCUCGAUGGUAUCGAGCGGAAAGCCGGAAGUGCGGAGGACGAUAGCCACCGAUGACGACGGCAAUCCUGGUGACGGUGGCAAUAAAACGGAGAUCAUCACUUUUGGCGAAAAAUCAACAAGCGGCGCCAAUGGCACCGGUGGAGGUAAUGAAAAUGCUACCGUUGAGGGUCGCUACAUAAAAGGAGAUCCCUUGAACGGGUACUACGAUUUCAUCAUCAGCGAAGGGUCAUACAAAUUUUGGGCAGUUUUCCAGCUCGUGACGGCCGCCGUGGUCAUUUACUCUACGCUCACCGCCAUUUACUACUCGAAAGUGGCACCGCUUACGUCGGAUUACGAUUACAUCGAUUAUCUGAACGGUGGCCGUUCGUUUGCCGGUGCCCGCCCGCUAGACGGCACAGCGCGGGCCUCAGCAAGCGGUAGACGGACGUCGGGAUGGAGCUGGGAUAGUCUGUCGACCAGCAGCUGGUUCGGUCCAGCUGCACAAGCGUUCACGAUAGUGAUGGAUGCGAUCGAACGGCAGCCUAAGUGAUGCAUCUUGGAUGAUGGGACAGGAAUGUGUAAAAACGUAGCGCUUGAAAUUUCUAUGAA